CGUAGUCACACCUCUUAUUACAGUUACGUCGACACACAGUUAUAAACAAGAUGGGCUUCUACGAAAUGAUACUGUCUUUAUUAAAUAUUCAAACAAUAGCAUUGGUCUUCAUUUUACUCUUAUUAUUAUUACGGCUUCUGAGGUCUAAUAAGUUACCACCUGGUCCCCGUGGCUGGCCGAUCGUCGGUUCUAUUCCGCACAUUGAGAAGGAGGCUUAUAUAACGUUCAACCAUUGGGCUAAAGAAUAUGGCGACAUAUUUACAGUGAAGUUAGGCUGGACUACAGCUGUAAUUUUGAAUAGCUUCGACGCUAUAAAAUGUACCCUGAAAGACCAAAGUGAUAAGUUUGCAGACAGACCUUUUACACCCAUCGUAGAAUUAGGCUUCACGAUAUCAGGAAGUAUUGUAUUUGACAAUGGUCAUGUUUGGAGUGAAAGACGACGUUGGGCCUCUGGAACUCUACGCAACUUCGGUCUUGGGAAGAAAAGCUUGGAAAGCCGGAUAAACAUUGAAGCGGAUUAUUUAUGUCAGGAAAUCGACAAGACCUUAAAUCCAUUCAACCCAUUUCACUGUGUAAAUAACGCAGUUUCAAAUAUCAUUUGCUCAAUCAGCUUUGGAGAUAGAUUUGAGUACAAUGAUCAGACAUUUAAAGAACUUUUAGCGGGAACGCGUUAUUUGUUUAGACAUACCACUUUCGUGGCCCCAGUAAACGCCAUUCCUGCGUUAUUCUACACCCCAAUAUACAAACACUAUCGUAAUAUUGCAGCAUCAGUCAAAGCAUUCAUUGAAGAUAGCAUACAACAACAUCGAGAAACUUUCGACUCUGAUGAUAUUCGUGACGUCAUUGACGCAUACAUUGCAGAAUCUGAGAAGGAACAUACCGAUCCAAACAUCUUUGCGAAAGACACAUUAUGGCGCAUCGUCUUAGAUCUGUUCGCUGCUGGAUCAGAGAGUACCAGUACGACUAUAUUGUGGAUGAUUUUAUAUUUGGUAAAUUACCCAGAAGUUCAGAAAAAGUUGCAGCAAGAGAUGGACGAAGUUCUAGGUCAAGAAAAGAAACCAACUUGGGGCGAUCGUCAAUCGAUGCCUUACCUAGAAGCUACAUUACUGGAAGUACAGCGGAUUUGCAACAUUGCCCCGAUGAUCGGACGAUCUACCUGCGAAGAGAUUCAUAUAAACGGCUACAAGAUCCCAGCUGGUACUACAGUAUUAGCAAACCUAUGGAGCGUCCACCUUGACCAUAGACACUGGGAAAGGCCUUUAGAUUUUGAGCCGGAGCGGUUUUUAUUAGACGACAAAAAGACCAUAAAGAAACAAAUGAUGUUUAUGCCUUUUGGCAUAGGUCGAAGAGCAUGUAUUGGCGAACUUUUGGGUAGAAUGGAACUCUUCCUGUUUACCGCUAACCUCAUUCAGCGGUUCACUUUCAAAAUACCUGAUGGCAAACCAACUCCGUCGAUAAAUGAGUGUGUACCUGGUUUAUCCCGGUCUCCUAAGCCAUACGAAAUAUGCGCCGUUAGACGAUGACGGAUCUCAGGUUUCAUGCGUGAAUGUGGUGUUAUUAGUGGUGUUUUUAAUUUAAACCAGAUUUUGAUUUUUGUUUUUAUCACAUAUACGUUCAGAAUAUAUAAGGAAAAUAAAAUAAUAGGCCUAAUAUUUGUAUUUAUGAGUUUUAAAAUGACGCAAAACUGUAC